AUGUUAUUUUCAACAGUAGUCAUCGUUGUUCUUUUCUCUUUUAACGGUAUUCUACAGGCUGCAAAAUGUCCGAAUAUUGCUACCGUAUCUGAAUUUACUGCGAGUAGAUAUGCAGGUGUAUGGUAUGAAAUAUAUCGAAAUACUAUUAUAUUUGAACUUGGUGCUAAAUGUGUCAAUGCAACUUAUACACUAAAUGAUGAUGGCUCGAUUGGAGUAUGGAAUCAAGCUGUAAACUUGUUUGGUCAUUAUACUAGUAUAAAUGGAACAGCGAAAGUGAAAAAUUCUGCACAACCCGGUGCAUUAGUUGUUAGUUUCAAUAGUCCAAACGAACAAAAACGUUAUCUUCAGAAACAGUUGAUGCAUUGA